UAACUUAAAUAAAUUAAUCAAUGUUUGAUGUCAUUGUCUGUUCCAGUUGAGGAGGAUGGAGGAGUCUCACCAGGAAGCUACAGAGAAGGAGGUAGAGAGGAUUCUGGGAUACCUGCAGGGCUACUUCAAUGACGACCCCACAUCUCCCAUCUCCUACUAUGAGUUUGUCAUAGACCCCACCUCCUUCUCCCGCUCGGUGGAGAACAUCUUCCACACCUCCUUCCUGGUCAGGGAUGGUGUGGCGAGGAUGUACCUGGACCACGAUAGACUUCCUUGUAUCGCUCCUGUAGAAGAAGGGGAGGUGGAGGUUGGUGGAACAUCCAGCAGUGUGUCAUCUCUAUCAGCCCCAAGAGUUGGAAGGAGAUAAUUGAGGUCUUUUGUAUCAGCGAGCCUCUGAUCCACCCUCCCAGCACACAGCACACAGAAUGAUUACUGCUCCUUUUUAAAAAACAUCAUCAUCUUAUUGACUUUAACUCUAGCUGUAAAUAUUUUGUUUUCUAUAAAUAGUUGUUGUUCACAGUUUUUAAAUUCAUGACAUUUAUUUUGAUUAAAAAGAGAGAACCGAACUUGUUGUUGUUUUACUUCAAGGAAGAGAAGAAACCUUUUUUAUUGUAGCUUUUUAUCCACGUGACUGAGGGCCUCUGCGUUGUGUUUAGACUAGACUUACCUAUAAGGAUCAGGGUUGGUGAUAUUGUAUCCUCUGAUAAUGACAGGAAAAUCUUCUAUGAACA